AUGGAUCUCACGCCGCUGCAACGAAGCGUUUUGGACCGAUACGAAACACUUUCAAAAUCAUUGCACAAUCUCGAUGACACGAUCAAGAAUCUAAGAGAUAACGGAUCAUCAGAAUCACCUGAACAGGUACUGCGGCAACUCAGGGAAAUAGAGUAUAAAAUUGCACUUGUUGGGACACUUUUUAAAGGAAGCGUAUAUUCCUUGGUUCUACAAAGAAAGGCAGCGCAGGACGCUGCCGGAAAUUCUGGAAAUACGCAAUGA